CAAGUACGUGCUGCCGCGUGUAAUCAAGAUUAUACCACGUAUAAUUACUACAGUAUCAACCGAUAUAAUAACCAGUCGCUACAGACAGUACCUCACAGUGUCCCCCUGCUCCCGCGACUGCUUAAGUUACAGUCAAAGUAGCGACUGCAUAGUAACUCGGUCCCGCCGCCCAUGGGAGCUCCACCACGCACCGCUGCCCCGGCUCCACGCCGCGAACCCUAGCCGCCCCGCCCCUAUGGCCGCCGAGUCCUGCGGCAGCCGCGGCGCCUCGCCGCCGCCGCCACCCUCCUCCGCUGGCGGCGGCGCGGCCGGGAGGCGGCGGAAGGCCGAGGCCUACGCCGAGGUGCUCCGCCGCAUCCGCGCCGGCGGUUACGGCGGCGGCCGCCCGGAGUUGGAGGACGAGCUCUGGGCCCAUUUCCAAGGCCUACCGGCCAGAUAUGCUUUGGAUGUCAAUGUCGAACGGGUUGAAGAUGUCUUACUGCACAAGAAAUUGCUUGAGCAAGCCCGUGACCCCAUGAAUGGGCUGGUCUUUGAUGUUCGUCCUUCACAGGUCCUUACUCUGGAGGAAAACACUGGAUUUGAGUCCUCAACCUCCUUUAAGCAAGAACAAGAUCCCCGAUGCUCAGCAUUUGCAUCAAGAGAUCAAAGGCCUUUGCACGAAAUUAUAUUUGCAUGUGACGAUAAGCCAAAGCUUCUUAGUCAGUUAACCUCUCUUCUUGGGGAGCUUGGUCUUAAUAUUCAAGAAGCACAUGCAUAUUCGACGAAUGAUGGCUAUUCCUUGGACAUAUUUGUUGUUGAGGGCUGGGAGUAUGAGGUUGACAUACUCCGAAAUGCAUUGAGGAAAGGCGUUGAUAAAAUAAAGUACAGAGCAUGGCCGCUGGUCCAGUCGAUGUCUGCUAGGAUUGAUCACCAGCCAUUGGAGGUUUCUGCUUCAUCCAACUUCGUCCAAAUACCAGUUGAUGCAGCUGAUGUUUGGGAAGUUGAUCCCAGGCUUCUCAAAUUCGAACAAAAAUUAGCGUCUGGAUCAUUUGGUGAUCUAUACCAUGGGACGUACUGUAGUCAGGAUGUAGCUAUCAAAGUACUCAAGCCUGAGAGGGUUAGCGUUGAUAUGCUACGCGAGUUUGCACAGGAAGUAUAUAUAAUGAAAAAGGUUCGUCACAAGAAUGUUGUCCAAUUUAUUGGUGCAUGCACGAGACCACCUAUUUUGUGUAUAGUUACAGAAUUCAUGCAUGGAGGGAGUAUUUUCGACUUCCUUUACAAUAGACAAGGAAGUUUUCAGCUCCCAGAUGUGAUAAGAAUUGCAUCUGAUGUGUCCAAGGGAAUGAAUUACUUGCAUCAGAUUAAUAUUGUUCACAGGGACUUGAAGACUGCAAAUCUUCUUAUGGAUGAUCAGGUUGUCAAGGUUGCAGACUUUGGGGUCGCAAGGGUUAAAGACCAGUCAGGAGUUAUGACUGCAGAAACUGGGACCUACAGAUGGAUGGCCCCUGAGGUCAUUGAGCACUUGCCAUAUGAUCAUAGGGCGGAUGUUUUCAGUUUCGGGAUUGUUCUUUGGGAGCUGCUGACUGGAAAGCUUCCAUACGAAGACAUGACACCUCUUCAGGCAGCUGUUGCCGUUGUUCAAAAGGAUCUGAGGCCUACUAUUGCUGCUGAUACUCAUCCUAUGCUUGCUGAUCUACUUCAGCGAUGCUUGCAGAAAGAUCCAGCUCUAAGACCAACCUUCGCAGAGAUUGUGGAUAUACUGAAUUCCAUAAAAGAGGUGGUUCAGAGUUCUGGGCAUCACAAGAGACAUUCAGGUCGAUCUCACUCUGGGAGGAGACGAGGCUGUUGAUGUGGCAGUUUUGUUCUACGCCUUUGCUUUGUUGCCUUCUCACAUGUUUCAUCUUUGAUAGCGGCGACUUCUAGGCCUUACUUGUUUCCAAAAGUUUUCCGUUUUUGGUUGUAGUUCAGCGAUAGCUUCAGAAUAUGGCCAUAUGAGUUUCUUGUGUUCAUUUCGAGAGGGUCUGUUACAAUUUUUUCAAAUACUUUUGACUAAUGUUGCAAGAGUUCCACUUUUUUGAGGUGUGCCCA